ACAGCCUUACAUCUGCAGACCUCAAAUGUUGCAGCGAGAGGAGCAGAGCAGAGAAAGAGACUAGUGGGGAAAAGUUUGCAAAGGGAUCAGGACUAACCUGGACAGCCUUGUAGACUGAUUUUAUGUGUCCGAAAAGUCCUUUCUCCACUUUUUGAUCUUUCGCAACCAUUAUAUUUUACUGUUGGUAGGCAUAUUCGAGAUCGAAAAGGACUUUAACAAUCAUGGAACUGCUUUGUCUCGAAAUGGACACCAUUAUAAGAGCCCGUCCUGACCCGAAUCUUCUAUAUGAUGACAGGGUACUACAGAGCUUGUUGACCAUCGAAGAGAGGUUUCUUCCCCAGUGUUCUUAUUUUAAAUGCAUUCAGAAAGACAUUCAGCCCUUUAUGCGGAGGAUGGUGGCAACUUGGAUGUUGGAGGUCUGCGAGGAACAGAAAUGCGAGGAAGAAGUUUUUCCACUGGCUAUGAACUACUUGGACCGAUUUUUAGCGGUGGUACCAACAAGAAAAUGUAACUUGCAGUUGCUCGGAGCAGUGUGCAUGUUUCUUGCGUCUAAAUUGAAAGAGACGCGUCCAUUAACUGCAGAGAAGCUGUGCAUCUAUACUGAUAACUCAAUCAGACCGCAGGAACUGCUGGAAUGGGAGCUGGUUGUCCUGGGCAAAUUGAAGUGGAACCUGGCUGCUGUCACUCCCAAUGACUUUAUUGAACACAUUAUGAGGAAACUUCCACUGCCUGAGGAUAAGCUGGACCUGAUCCGUAAACAUGUGCAGACUUUCAUCGCCCUUUGUGCAACAGAUUUCAACUUUGCCAUGUCCCCUCCAUCCAUGAUUGCAACGGGCAGCGUGGCAGCGGCUAUCUGUGGCCUGCAGCUCAACAGCACUAACCGCUCACUGUGGGGAGACAACCUUACAGAGUUGCUCGCCAAGAUCACAAACACAGAAGUUGAUGUGUUAAAGGAAUGCCAGGAGCAGAUUGAGAGAGUGUUGAUGAAUAACCUAAGGGAGGGUCGCCGGCAGCAGCAGAAACAGCAGCAGCAGGAACAGGGUGGCCCGCGCAGCAAAGCACUUGAUGACCAGGACCAGUCCAGCACCCCAACCGAUGUACGAGACAUCAACUUGUGAGCUUGCUGCAGGAAUGCUGUGAUCAGUCUUCAAGAAAAGAAAAAAACAACAAAAAACAAAAAUGACAAAAAAACAAA